GAACGCCUCCAUAAAGUCAUGUGUCGUAUGCAUACUCAUAAGCCGACAAAGUCGUGGCCUACCGUGUAAACAGUAGACCAACAGCCGUUCUGGAGCCACAGAGCUGCGGCGGGCUGUCACGACAGAGGUCGAGAUCUUGAGUGGAGAGAGAAAGAGCGUGAAUGCGAAGAUGGUCGAUAGAGAGCUUCUGGUACCAGUGGAUCUGAUUGAGGAAAACGGCGGGGACGAGGAGGAGGAGGGGGAGGAGAAGGGGGAGAAGGGGAAUAUUGGUGGGAAAGGGGAAGAGAAACUCUACGACGUGGAUUUGGGACACGAUCAGACCAACGGCUGCUGUGGAGAAGGGGGGUGUUGCCAUAGUAACAACCACCGUCCGCUCUCGGUCCAAUCAGGCGACAUCGUUCGACCCCCCUCCUCUUCCCUCCCGCCGUCACACAGCCGCUCCUACAGAAAGCUCUACCCCUACGUCCUCAAAGCUGUCAGCUACGCCUUUUGGCCGGAGAAAUAUGCCGUAGUUCCUCUGUUAGUCCUCGUAGUUCUCUCUUCCGUGGCCAUCAUGCUGGGUUGCCUCGUCUUGUUCAAUGUGUUUCCGCUCACGUACAACAUCAGCAUCAGCUCUGUGCAAGUCCCAGACCACGAGUCUUCGAUUCACUGGGACGCGUACCAAGCCGCCGUGGAGAAACAGUUCUUCAAUGAAACCAAUCCGAACACUUUCAGUGGCGACUCGUCUGUCAGCUCCAAAAAUUUACUGUCGGACGAUGGAGGAGGAGGAGGAGGAGGUAAUGAAGAAAAGGCAGCUAGCUCGUCGUCUUCUUGCUGCAACAGCGGCUCAAGCCAGCGUAGGAUGCACGGGACGUGGGUUUUGGAGCUGGUCUAUCGGGGUCGCGGCGGACGAAACCUGCUCGAAACGAGACACAUCGAGUACCUCCACUCGAUCGAGGAACACAUCUACAACCUUCCGAAGUACUCCACAGUCUGUCACUUUGCCUUCAGGAACCCAGUCUGCGAUCCGGUCAACUCCCUCCUGACCUAUCUCUACCCUCGUAGCACGGACGACGGCUCUCUGGAGAGAGACACACUCCCGGACGAUUGGAGGGAGUCUGUAGACACAAGUCAGUUGACUGUGGAGCAGGCCGAGCAGCUGUUGUGGUAUACCGGAGGUAAUAUCGGGAACACUUCGCUCCUGAGGGCCCAGGUUCGUGUGGGUGUGCCUCUACCAUGUUACUGUUCCUAUGGCGACAGAACUAACGAACAGCACCAGAAAGUGAAAGAGUUUUUCAUAUCGCUCAUUCCUUUUCUCGAACACGCUUCCACCAGUGAAGUGGAGGUCUCUAUGGAGGAGGAGACCUAUUUGACUACGAACUAAAACCAGGCCAAACGCCACGACCUGCUUCUCGGAAUCGGAUCGUUUGCCCUCGUCCUUGUCGCCAUGUUCAUACUGACGGCUUCUCCGCGUGUCUGACUUUCUGGGGCGGCUUGCUCUCGUCCUGUGUUUCCUCGUCUCUCUAUUUUUCUACCGCGUCGUCCUCGGUUACGAAACAUUCUCUCUCCUCACCAUCGUCACCUAUUUGUCAUCAGCGGGAUCGGAACAUAUGUGGACGACGUUUUCGUGUUUCUACAACACGUUCAAACGAGUUCGCGAGGCGUUGGAGACUGGACAGCCGCACAAGCGAGGCUGGCUCACACGAUUCUCGUGGCACUUCUGCCACCUUCAUGCACUCGGCAAACAACGCAUCGCCUUCCUCGCCAACGCAGUAGUAUCUCAGAUUCCUGCAGUCCGACAGUUUGCCAUCUUCACCGGUCUAGUCGUUAUCUUCUGCUUCAUCACCGUUGCCAUAACGAUGCCGCUGUUUCUCCACAUCUGGCAGGUGUGGCUACUUCCAGUCGAAGAUUUCAUCCUCAACCUCCUCAUCUUUCCGUUUAGACAUCUCAUCAACUUCUUCAGACACCUCGCCUGCCGUUGCAGUUUGUUCCAGGGCUCGGCCUCCUACUCAGUCGUCCCUCCUGUAAGAAUGACUGAACUAACAGACAUGAAUCUGGAGACCGACAGCGGCAUUAUUGAGGACAAGGGGAGCGACAGUACUGGGUCCGAUUCCAAUUCCGUGGGGUCCGAUUCCCAUUCUAGUACGUCUAGCCUCGUGGCCGAGGAAGAUGGGAACGUCGGUAUGGAACCGGGGAGCAAACGGAACGGAACGGAGACGAUAGCAGCCGUGGUAUCAAGAAUGGAAGAACCGGUGAAUGGGAAUGCUGAAGUUACACGUUCCCCUACAAUAGAGAACAGAAUCACUGUGCUGGUGCAAAAAGCGCUCCUUGUCACCAUAGCUCGUGCGGUAAUGCUACCGCAGUUGGUUCGCUGUCAUUGUCUGCCCGACGGUCUACUCCGGACGAUCGUGCGCUGGACCACCAGAUUACUACCGGUGAUUCUAUUUAUUGCCAUCCUGGUAUCAAUGAGCGGCGCCGCAUCGCAGCUGCAGCCUUCGGACGGUCCUCCGCAGAUCUUUGAUCCAGACAGCAACAUGCAGAAGUUGCUGAACCUGCAGGGAAAUCUCACCGACGUUGAGUCCAUCAACUGCUGGAACUGCUCCGCCUGGUACAUUGGAACUACUAGUGGAGGAGGAGGGACAGCAGGAGGCGGUACUCAGGGACCUACUAGUGGAACGACGCAGAGCAGUACCACAAACCCCACCACACCUCCCCAGACCGCUACCACUAGACCUACCACUCAUGCCACUACCGCUACCACCGCGACCACUGCCACAACAAGUGGUACCACCAGCAAACCAACAGACCGUACUACCCCUCCCCCCACUUCCUCCACCUCUUCUCCCUCUUCUUCUUCACCAACUUCUGCAUCUUCACCAACUUCUGCAUCAUCUUCGCCGUCUGACGGGACUCCGCCCACUAACACUCCUCCUCCCACUUCUGGCCCCGCCCAGAAUCCGAACCUCGUGAAUAACAUUGUAGUGAACGUGGUAUUUGGUGUGGAUGGGGUUAAGAGGAAAUAUUCGACGUCGCACGUUUUGCCAGUUGAAGGAGAAGGGCGUCAAGCAAUUCUGGACAAGUCAUUCUCCUCCAUGUUCACGUGCCCCCCUCCCUCCUCAUCCUCCUUCUCCCUCCCCUCCCUCCUCGGGACCCUCCGCGCCAUGUGUCGCGUCUGUCACAACAUCUCCAACCCGGCCAACGGAUUAGUCCUCAACGGGACCUUCACCUGCUUUCCUCCGGAGAUAGUCGAGACAUUGGAGAGCAAGUGCCUGCCACCGGGCUUCAGUCUGAGCAACUUGGAGGAGUGCCGCGCGGCGAAGAGUGGAAAUUCUUACGUCAGGGCCCACUAUAACUACACCAAGACUGAGACUGGAGCUGGGAGUCUGAGAUUUCUGGCCAUGGCCUUUAGAUCAACCACUUCACCGAGCGACUCUGCCACUGAGAACAUAGUAGACUACGACAAGUGGGAGGAUUUCCUCUCUUCUGAACUGAAAGCAAUUCAUCGUCUCUCCGGCGAGGGGCAGCCAUACGAAGGAGCCUGGGACAUCAUCCAACAUACGUUUCAAGCCUCGGGGUACUGGGUUGACAUAAAUACGGAGAUCAUCGCCAUUCGCGGAUCUUUCUACGGAAUCCUCAUUUCCAUCAUACUCUGCGGGAUUGUCGUCGCCGUACUGUCGCACGACUGGUCGGUCGUUUUGGCGAUGGGACUGACCAUUCUGGGGAUCCUGGUGACUCUGCUCGGGCUGUUCAAGAUGUUCGGGUGGACGCUGGGAAUAAUCGAGGCAGUCUCGCUGUCAAUUCUCGUGGGGAACUCCCUCGAUUAUUGCAUUCAUCUCACAGAGGGUUACGUGGCAACCGACACAAGACACUUGGCCUUCCUCCACAAAUUCAAGUUCACCCACGGAGCCAGUCCGCGUGUCCAGCGAGUCAUGUCGGCCAUCUCUUUCAUCGGAGUCUCCAUACUCAGCUCUGCCCUCACCACGUUCCUGGCCACCAUCCCCCUCCUCGCCACCCAGAUCCGUCUCCUCACGCGCUUCGGACAGAUCCUGAUCCUCGACACGGUCGUUGCCAUUCUCUAUACUCUGUUCUUCUGCAGUACGUUCCUCAGUCUCUUCGGCCCGGUAUUUGAUAACUAUGCAGUGACAGUAAUGAUAGGAGGAGAACCCUAUACUCUGGGCCUUUUUGACACAGCAGGUCAGGAGGACUACGACAGGCUGCGACCUCUGUCCUACCCACAGACGGACGUCUUCUCGUCUGCUUCUCCGUUGUCUCUCCAGCCUCCUUCGAGAACGUCAAGGAAAAGUGGGUACCAGAGAUCACACAUCACUGUCCCAAGACACCGUUCCUUCUCGUCGGGACGCAGAUCGAUCUGCGUGACGACGCCUCAACGCUCGAGAAGCUCUCGAAAGUCAAGCAGAAGCCAAUCACGGGUGACGGAGCAGAUCAAACUGUCCCGAGAGCUGCGUGCGGUCAAGUACGUGGAGUGCUCCGCUCUCACGCAGAAGGGAUUGAAGAAUGUUUUCGACGAGGCUAUUCUCGCGGCCCUGGAACCACCUGAGCCGGCGAAGAAGAGGAAAUGCAUCCUCCUCUAAUUAGAGGGGCUGGAGCUAAUUCCCCCACUCGCCCUAUCACGUGUUUUCCCUGCAGCAACUGGUUAAAACAUACACAACUCUAGUCAACAGCACUGUAUCGAUAUUAAUUUAUGACACGUUUACUUUAAUCUUGCCGUUAACUGUUGUGUGAGUGUUGAGAGAGAAGAGAGAGUGAGAGACAUGCUUCGUGAAAUUUGUCUAUAUCGAGUCGUUGCGUGUGUGUCUAGAUCUUAUGUUAUUAUUUAUGUUUACAAGGUGUAUAUUAUAGGCAGAUAUUGGGUGCUAUGUUAUAUUAACCUCAUAUUAUUUGUGUGUAUGUAGGUGUGUGUCCUUAUUCAUGCAUUCGUCCAUUAUACACGCAUCUCCACUUUAUUUGCACGUUUUGAUGUUUAUUACUGACUAUUGCGCAUGCGC